AGUGAGUCCAAUUCGCCUUCGAAGCACCUCGCCCAAAUUCACCGUAGACUGUUUUCGCGCUGACGGUCGCACGCAGACUCGGCAUGCGGCAGCAGACCGACCGAGCAGAAGACGCGGGGUACGCGUGGCGUGGAUGACACCGAGCAAAGCCAAGCUUCUUCAAUUCCAGAGACUCAGGACCCUGGCGCUUUGAGCGGCGGGCGGCCAGCAGGUGUUGCGCCGAUCUGGGAUGCUCUUGAGCAACAUGGCACGCUGGGCGGUGCUUUGUCACUGCCAGACAGUCUUCCGCUGACCCACCACCAUUCGGCAGAGGAGGCCGGCGGCGUGCCGCGAAAGCAGAAAAUGGAUUCGACACAAUCUUCCACCCAGCCCAACGCUGGCCGCAGUUACGAUCAGUACUACCACUCAUCGCCAAAUGCUCUGGCUCAGAGUUCGCCCCAGCCUGUUCGGGGCAGCUCUCCGAAUGUCGAGAUUCCUGUAGACGAUGAUGACACGGCUGCUGUUCGGUUCGAUGAUGACGGUGCCGCUGGGACCAACAAGACCGUUUCCCCGGCCCAAGACGACUCGGGAUUCGUGGAUUUUGGAAGCCUCGCGCGGUUCCAUCACGUAGCCUCUCAAAAGACUGCUCAGUCUCCGACCCAGCACUUGCCAGAGACUCCCGCUCAAUCCCGAAACCCGUUCCGGCACAGCCGCUCCCAACUGCUCCCGACGUCCCAGCUGUUCCGAGGUACACAAUUCUCAUCACCAGCCAAAGCCGCCAGCCCAACAUCGUCGCGCCCGUCGCCGGCCGACUUCCCUGGACAGACGAUUUCUCCCAACCCAGUCGUCUCGUCCCCUCUUAAGGCUCGUGGCCUCCGUUCUUCACCCCCUGUCGACAUUACGUCAAGCCCGGGGAUUUUGCCCGGGACCACCUCCUCGACGAUCGAUGCUAGGGCAGCUAGCCCCGUUCACGCCGCAUCGGCCGAGAACCCUGUCGUGCCAGACUCUUCUCACGAUGGGCCAGCCAGAAAGAGAUCGGGCCCAGAGCCGAUGAGCACCUACGAGCCGAUGCGCAAAUCUCAGGAAAGGCGAUCAACCUCUUGGGGGCGCUCCGAUCCCGUUAGCUCCGGCGAAGACGAUGAUAGCUAUGACACCAUAGUGAGGCGCAGGAAAGCCCAGCUGAAGAAGGAAGCUGCUUUGAAGCAGCUGACCACCAUCAGCUUUCCCCGUCCCAUGAAGUCGGAAAUCGUUGAGGUGCCCUCAACUAGCCAGCGCAGGCGGACGAGUCAAGCCGAGGAAUAUAUCGCUCAGUGUUACGGAAAGACUCUGACAGAGAACGACUCGGAAUGCGCGGAUGCCGUGAAGGAGUCCCAAGAGGCCCCUCAGCAGCCUGCGCAACGUCGCUCUGAAGUGGAUGAGGAGUCAACCCAGUCAGACGUGGAGAAGCCGGAGCCUGCAAUGGACCCCACGCCACCUACGGCGCCUGAGCUCCCGCGAUCGUCAACGAUGUCGGCCAACCUACCUGCUCAGGCGUCCGUGAUUGAAGGCACGUCCCAUGCGGACGCCAUCCCGGAGACAAGCCCUACUGGCAGAAGGCCUGAGCCUCUGCCGCAGGUGGCACCGUCUCUUGAGGUCCCCCCGUCAGAAGCCAAAUCAGCUUCGAAUUUCCGUUCCUCUCCACCGGCCUUCAGUACGAGAUCCAGAAAAGCGAGGUCUGUCAAAGGGUACGCGCCGGUGCCGAGUUCAACCUCCAGUCUGAGUGACCUGCCAUCGACCCCCCAGCUGCCGCCCAGCGAUUCUCACAGUAUCACGAGCACAGUAAACACAGGCUCGCCAACUGGCUCCACCGUCGUCGCCAGUUCCUCGCCGGCUGUUGCUCAAACUAGGCGGCGGGAUACGCGUAGAAGACUGCCAAAGCUGAAAACAGGAUCGACCGAGAGCCUCAGACAGUUUAACAAGGUGGCUAGGCGGGGUUCUAACUCGACCGACGAGCUGUCGCGAUCCGUGUCGGCAACGCCUACUUUCGAGCAGAGCCUGCGCGUCUCUCGCCUUUCCGUGUCGAGACCGGCAUCCCGAUCCGGCCGUGCGGCUAUGAGGCCCCCGCCAACUCAGCGGGACCUGAAGCUAUUCGAGAACAUGGCCUUUGCGAUAUCCUUCCAGUCGAGGAAGCCCGGCGAAAGCAACGAUCAAUACAGUGCCCGGACCGACUUCUCGGCUAUGCUCCAGAAACGGAUCAGACAGGCUGGCGGCCGGAUUCUGGAGAACGGCUUCGAUGAACUUUUUGAAGUAUUGCCCAUGGAAACUCCGUCGAGUAGUCCUGCUGUUUCGAGUCGUGGCGGCGACGCUGAGAUCCACCUUACUCCCGAGGGCCGUUCUAUGGGUUUUACUGCACUGAUUGCAGAUGGCCACUCGCGCAAGGUCAAAUACAUGCAGGCUCUUGCCCUCGGCUUGCCAUGCAUCGCCGCUCGAUGGAUCACGACGUGCCUGGACCGAAACGAGGUUGUCGACUGGUCGCCGUACUUGCUCUGCGCCGGCCAGUCUGCCUUCCUCGGCGAUGCUAUCCGGUCGAGGAGCUUAACCCCGUACGAUCCGGCAACAGCGAAGCUGGUGGAUGUCAUCAAACAACGGAAGAAGCUCCUGGAAGGGAGCAAGAUCCUUGCCGUCGUGAAGAAGUCGGUGGAGGGGAAGAAGAUGGCCUAUGUGUUCCUUGCGCGCGUGCUGGGUGCGGCCCUGACGCGUGUCUACAGUGUUGAGGAGGCAAAAGCGGAGAUGAAAGCCGCCGAGGAGUUGGGACAGCCGUUUGACUGGGUCUAUGUGGACGGAAAGCCGGACGAGGAGGCCCUGUUCGCUUCCGGCCCGAGCGGCGGCAGAAAGAGGAAGCGGGCGUCCACGGCUGCGAGCUCUGCUGCUGGGCCGCCGGUGAAGCGGGUUCGGACGCUGAGCGACGAGCUGGUUAUCCAGAGCUUGAUUCUGGGUCGGCUCAUCGAGGAGGGUGAGAUGGAUGAAUGAAAUGCUUUAC